UGUGCUGGUGGGAGGAUCUAGGAGUGGUUAUGUAACACAAUUCUUGAGAACUGAACCGGAGAAGACGUAGUCGAGUCCGAGCCAGAGACUAGGCAGAGACUAGGUACGUGACAACAAGUCCAUCAAGUGAAGUCAGUACCUUAGCCUAAGUUGAGUGAUAUGUCUGAAGUCAGUGAGAACGGCUCUGGGGCUGACCUGCAGAGAACCAAACAGGAAUUGAUGGAUUUUAAAGAAAAUUUCAAGUUGGGUAUGGAGAACAAGCCUCAUGUGAACGGUAAACAGGGCGAUGGCAAUCUGGACGACCUUCGAACCUUUCACAAAUCGUUCAACUUGUGCUUGGACAAGCCAAAUCAAACCAAAGCAAGUCAACAAGCACCCACCACCCUCUCACUGACGUCUAACGGCUCAAGUGAUCACCGAAGGAGAAAGAAGCACCGAAAACCUCCCAUCUCAAAGACAUUCGACGAGGUGUACCAGCUGACCAAUGAGGUCCUGGGUCGUGGGGCACACUCCUCGGUGACCACGUGCACUCAUCGUCUCUCUGAUAAAGAAUAUGCUGUGAAGAUUGUGCCCAAGGGCUCACCCGGAGUGAGGGAGAAGGUACUCAGGGAAAUAGAGAUUCUCUAUCACUGCAGGAGCAACAAGAACAUCCUGCAUCUGGUGGAGUCCUUUGAGGAAUCUGACAGGUUCUGUUUGGUGUUCCACAAGAUGAUGGGCGGUCCCCUCCUCUCUCACAUUCAGCGCAGGGAACGGUUCACAGAACAAGAAGCCAGUCACGUGGUACAAGAGGUUGCUAUGGCGUUAGCAUUUCUCCAUGACAACGGUAUCGCUCAUAGAGACCUAAAGCCAGAGAAUAUUCUGUGUGAACGAAAGAAUGAGGUCGUCCCCGUGCGGAUCUGUGACUUUGAUCUGAGCAAUAUGGUGCUUAUAAACUCCGCCCCAGUCUCUACCCCUCUACUACUCACACCAGUCGGCUCGGCUGAAUUUAUGGCUCCAGAAGUCGUCGAAACGUUUCUGGGGGAUGCUUUCUCGUACGAUAAAAAGUGUGAUCUGUGGAGUCUGGGGGUCACUCUGUACAUGAUGUUGUGUGGAGCGCCCCCUUUCACUGGAGGGUGUGGUGCCAAGUGUGGGUGGGACCGCGGAGGAGAGUGUCGAAAGUGCAAGGACUUGCUACUGACAAGAAUACAAAAUGGAGACUACAAAUUCAGCGAUGCGGAGUGGUCAGGGAUUUCCCUCGAGGCAAAGGAUCUGAUUCGUCGCCUGCUAGAGAAAGACGUGAAGGAAAGACUGUCGGCUCAUCAGGUGCUCAAACAUCCGUGGGUGGUACAGCAACAGCCAGAGACCCCACUACUCACCCCUGGGGCACUCAAGAGGACCCCCACAGCUCGCUCGGCCCUCUCUGAAUAUGCCGCCUCUUGUGUUGCGUUCACUCGACAACUCUCUAUAAAACUAGCACAAGAGGAAACAGACCAACUCACUGAACUCAGAACGUCACAUGACACAAACCACACCCAUUCUAUGGACAGGCCACAUCCACUAUUUACACUGUCCCCACCUGGGUCGUCAGAACUGGCCGUUCGGAGAAAGGACGAACCGAAAAAACUUUAGCAUAAAUUAAUAUUCUUAUCACAUUCUGCUUAAUUGGAACAGAACACUGUAGUUGUUGCGUUUUGUACAACCAUAAAAUUGACAUCCCUUCUCCUCAUUAUAUUAUAAUUUUGUGAAAGAUGAAUUCUUU